AUCGGAGAGAGAGGAGAGGGACAGGCGAGGUGGAGGUGGAGAUAAAUGGCUUAAUUUGAGGUUAAUGAUCGGAUAAUUGCCGUGUGGAAGACGACGGGGAGUUUGAUUUGAAGUGUGGAGGGUCACUGGGAUUAUAGCAGCAACAUGUCAUGCCAAGGAUUGCAGUACAUUGUAGACCUGGAAGAUGAAAUCGCUCUGGAAGGACUGGAUGGAAUUACCUUGGAAGCACUAUGGACUCGCCUCAAACAACGGCCCAACUUCGAGGGCAACAUGCCCAUUGACAGCGACAGUAAGGCGUUUUUGUGGUCCCUUAUAGUCCAGGAUGAGGAGAUCUCCCUCUUCCAGCUGCCGACGCCAAGAGAGAAGUUGGAGAUAUUCAACCGCUAUGAACACAUGGACCCCGAGCUGGGCAUCGUGCUGGAGCCGGAGGAGGAGCCGAAAGACAUCUACCCGUUCCACCCCGUAGAGGACGAGAGCGAGGGCGUGCGAGGGUCGUGCAAGAUGUUCCACGAGCGCGUCAACGUGUCUGAGUCCGCCUCGUUGCUGACCCUGGCGGAGGUGGAACAGGAGUAUGGAGAGAAGCUGGUGCUCGUGGCCAGCCAGAUGCUGAGAAACAAGGCCCUCUGCAUCUCCGCUUGCAUCGACAAGUUCUACGACCUGACGCUUACUCAGUACAUCAUUCUGGAGCGCAUUGGCCGAUCUCGUCGCAUGGGGGAAAUCACACAAGGGAAGAUCAGCUUAGCAGCCAUGGGCGACAACCCAAAAUCGAUGUUCUACCACCGCAAGCGUCUGCUGAAGCUCAACCUGAUCACCAAACAGCCACACCAGCAAAAGGGGAACAAGGGACAGACCUACAAAAACACAUUUUCCUUGAACAAAAUUGCAACCUGGUUUUCCCUAAUCCCCCAGAUCAGCUUAGCAGCCAUGGGCGACAACCCAAAAUCGAUGUUCUACCACCGCAAGCGUCUGCUGAAGCUCAACCUGAUCACCAAACAGCCACACCAGCAAAAGGGGAACAAGGGACAGACCUACAACGGCUCUCUGCUGCAUCUCACAAGGUUUUAUGUUGAGAGGCGCUCAAAGUUCAUCAUGAUGAUCCAAAGGGCAGUGGAGAUCCUGAAGCUGAAACCAGGGUAUUGUGCUCCUUAUACCGCCGUCAAGGAAGAGAUGGGAAUGCCGGAGACCUCUUGCAGAAAGCUCUUUAAGAGUACGGAAUUCCAGAGAUACAUAAAGAACGUGACGGCCCCUUAUCGCAAGGUGUACCCAGAUGCCUCCCCCUCUCAGUGGCGUUGUAAGGGCAAGGAUGCUGAGAAGUUUGUACGUAUUAUGGAGCUGAUCAAUCCCAAGAUCGACCCUAUGGAGGUGUGCAAGGCAGAGGAGGUGGCCGAAGAAGAUGAGGAAGAUGAUUCCUAUCCAGGCAUACUCGACCAGCAUAGGGUGGUCUGGGGCAUUGGUCUCCUCCAGCAGGCCUACAAGGUAGUGGAAGAGGCAGGACCGGAAGGAGUGUCACAGUCAGACAUGGCCCGCCUCUUGGGACAAACCAAGCUCGACUCGCGCACCAUCUGCCGCAACCUCCAGCGCAGGAACACAGUGCACUCGCUCAUGAAGGAUGUAGGGAGGCAGCGUGUGUCACGGUAUGUGUCACAUAAGUUCGCGCGGACGGGACACCUCACCCAGGAGUUCCGCAAGGAGAGGCAGAGAAUGAUGGCCAUGAUGGAGGCCAAUAAGGCAGAAGUGUGUGGGCCAUCUACGUCAAAGGAGGGAGAGGUUUCCCGCGUCUUGGAGUCAAAUUCCCUGGAAGGAGUGGAGGUGGGGCUGGAGAUGCUCACAGGAGGCAGAGUCAGCAUCCCCAAAUCAAAGGGGAUGAACUUAGACACUUCCAGCCUCGUCAAGGAAGCCGACCAGAGCCAGAAGAAACGGCAGAGCAAUGACGACGAUGGAGACGGCAAGAAUAAAGGCUUCGUCCGAAUGCUGGAGGAGAUCCGGCUGACGUACAACAACCAACGGAGGAACUCGCCUCACGUCACGACGCGCAUGAUGAAGCGAGCCAACAUGAUUAUUGAGACUGUCGGCUCGAUCAAAGUCAUUGAUGAUGCUUUCAAGUUGCAGAAGAUGAUUGUGCAGGCGGAAUCUGAAGAAGGCUACGCAGUCAAGAUGGACAAGAAGAGCCUGAACCGCCUGCUGGACAAGCUCUCCAAGGGCGGCUUCGUCAAGAACAUCAUCGUCAAGCUCAAGUGCAACACCAUGGUCAAGGUGGUGCAGUUUGUGGUUCAUCCUAGCAUCACAUUUGAGAGCCCCCACCUCAAGUCAGCCAUCGAGCAACAGAAACUCAAGUUCCUGGCCUCGGCACCCGACACCAAGCGGGAGGCAGAGGGAGGAGGAGGGGGGGGAGGGAGUGGCACUGGGAAGGGAGGAGCAACAGGAGGUCCAGAAAGCACCAAAGUCAAAGUCAAAAGUGAAAGCUCGGCAAGCAAGAUGGUGAAGAAGGCCAUGAGCGAGGACAACGAACGCAUGAACAAGAGCUCAGUUGGGGCCAGCAUGCAAGAGCUGAAACAGAUGCACCAGGUGUCAACCACGGCUGUGCCAGCACCUGAGGUCGAAGCAGGUGUAGCUUCAGCUGUGGUGAAGAAGGAGGCUGGUGUGAAGGGGAGCCUGGGACCGAAAUUCGUCCGCAUGUGCGAGCUCCACAAGCUGCUCUUCUACCUUGUCUAUGGUUACUCUGGGAAAGAGGACAUGGAUCAGGUGGAGGCAUGGCAGACUAUAGCCUCUUCUUCGCCUGAGGCCCAGAUCCAUGCAGAGGACCUCUCAGCUUACCCAAUGGUUUAUUAUGCUGAACUCUCAUGGAAAAUGUUUAUCCCACCACUGCCAAACCACAUGAACUCAGAAAGCGGCUGGGCCUUUGUGUGCGAUGUGCUCCUCCGGCUGCCACUUUGCAUAUUCGUCCGUCUUGUCAGCAUCUGCCACUAUUCGAGCGAGAUCGAUGCCUUCAUGAACCAUCCCAUCAAGAGGAACCUGCUGGUGAAAUACCUCCCACCGCACCUCCGCCAAGCCCUUCUGCAAGGACGGCGUUAUGUCACUUAUGUGAUUGACCUGAUCAAUCGCCUGUGUUAUGUGGGCCUGCUCCAGUAUGGCCACCAGAUCAUGAAGGAAAAAGACCAGGUGUUCAUCUAUGUCAAUCGCCAUGCCAGCCUCAUUGACACAACCACUUCGGGCCCUGGAUACCACCAGAUCUCGGCCGACAAGGAAUAUGUCCGGAAGGAAUACUACUUCUCUUGCUUACAGGAUGUGCUUCAGUACUGGUAUGACAUGUGGACCAUCUCAAUGCACACACCUCUUGGCGGCCACAACUGCAUGCAAGGGAAGAAGAUUACAAUACAAAUUUUGGACCGCAAACCUCAGAUCAUUGAGUCACUCACUGCACGCAGUACAGAAGAGGCUCCAGCAAGAGACAAUGGUAGCAUCCCAGGUGAUGGCCGAGGGGCAGGAGGACUCGACUCUGCCAUGUUUGCCCAUCUGAAGCGCAACUGGUCCUCGAACUCAGGUCACUCGGCUUCAGCAAGACCCUCGGCACUCCUGCCACCCAAUACUGAGGGCGGGGAAAGGGCCACGUAUGAAGGGACGAUCUCAUACACACAGUACCUGAUGAACACGACACACCCCUCAACAGAUAACACUUCAGCCAAGCCCCGACUGGCUGGUUUGCGGAAUGUCAAGCUAUCUGUAUAUAAGCCUCGCAUGGGGACUGACGGCAAGACCCUGGAGAUCCCCGUGGGCAUGGUCCCUCGAGCUCCACGAGGACGCAAACGCAAGCGAGAAGGCGCGUCGACAUCAGAGUCCGAGACUCCUCCUGUCAAGUUGAAGCGAAGCGGACGGCAAGGCAAGAGUAAUAGGCCGGCCAGUUACCAACGGGAACUAAAAAUGCGCAAAAAGUCUCCCAAGAAACCUUACUAUGAUGAAGAAGAUCGUGCAGCCCUACGGAGGAUGAAUAAACUACGAGUCGACUGGUCCUCCGCCGAAGACUCGUUCCUGCUGCUCUGCAAAGUGGCCUCCUGUUUCCUCUUCCCGAACAUCCGGAGCCAAAUGAUCACCUUCAGCCUCGUAAGAGAUAUGCUGCACGAACGCUUCCCGGAGUCCCUCAACAAGACCUCGCGUGCCUGCCAGAGGAGGAUCAACUACAUCAUGAAGAACCCGACAACGGAAGAUAAUGUGGCCAUCUUCCUGGAGGAGGUGCGACAGGAUCCGGGCAUCGUGGCGGAUUUUAAGAGCCCAAGAGUGCCCCGCAACAAGAAGAACAUUGAGAGCGUGUAUGCCACUAUGUUCCGUUCCCUCAUGCAGCGACUGGUGGUGAAGUUUGCCUCGAGUGAGUCGCGACAGUGCCCCGACCUGCCGCCCUCCAUUGAGGAGUUCCACCAGCGUUUCCGCAUCAUCAUGGCUUCGUCCUCACUGCGCAACAAGCUCAAGUUCCGCCCGGUCGUCAACGUGUCGGAUAUCGAUUUCCAUAUUGUCAAUACGCUUAUCUAUAGUUCACUUUGCUCCAAGCAUGACCGCGAAUCAUAUGCGUAUCAGCUGUAUCUGGCAUACCAGCAGUACCCCCAGGCACUCCUCAAUGCAGUUCUAACCCGUAUGCGGCAAGACCAGAUGAUCAGCUACAAGAAGUGUUAUAACAGGUCACAGGUGGCACAAACUUGCCUGCCACUAUCCACCUCCCCUUUCCAGCUGUCAGUCACAUAUCAUCACGUCUUUAAUUUCAAGUACCAGUAUGAGAUCUAUAGCCAGGCAUGGCAGAUGCUGAAGCAGCUGAUUACAAAGAAGCAUAAAGCCAUCAUUGAGAAUGUGAGCUACAAGCAGAGUCUGAGAGAGGGCUGCCUCACUACAGAGGAGAAGACUGACAUCACAGAUAGCACAGCUGACGGACCUGCACAGGCUCCUGCUCCUACUUCUCACAAGGCCGAAAAAGUGAUCGGCAGCAUGGACAUAGGCAGUGGAUUCCAAGAGAAGGGCGUCCCGGUGGUGAUUCUCCAUGAGGGCGGCUACUGUGCCACCAUCGUUGCCCUCCUGGCCACCAAACGCAUCAUCUUCGACAUCACCAUCCCGGAGCAGAUCAUCAUGAUGGACCAGCAGCAGCGCUUAAUGGAGGACCAGCACCAGUCCCUCUUGCGACGGUUCUCGUCACACUCGCAGAUGGCCGGUAAAGAGGUGGGAGACUCCCUGGGAGGCUACGAUGUGGCACCCUCUUGCAGUGUCGAGCCCAGAGGUGAUGUCACCGCUGGCACCAAGGGCACUCACAUUGUCAAGGAGAGACUCAAGGAGAUGGCCAAGUUGAAAGCAGCAGCAGAAGAAGGCACAGCUGCAGAGGCGAAGGCAGAAGGAGGUAAAAGAAAAGCAGUUGUUGUGAAGGAAGAAGAAGAAGUGAAAAAGGCAAGACAUGAAGAAGGAGGCAAUGAAGAAGAAGAGAUAACAACACCCUGUUCACCAUUGCUUGAUCAGACAAAUGAAACCAAUGCAACAGCAGCUGUCACUGAGGAACAGUUUGCCCACCCAGAGACUACUGAGGAGAAUGCCCAGAAACUUGAAAACACCACAACUGCUGCAGAGAUGGAGGAAUCAGAGAACCCAUUGCAAGGGAUGGAGGACAGCAACCAGCUAGGGGAUGUAUCGUCGCUUGAAGGCGAUGAUGUUGAUAUGAGCAAUACAUCUCAAAACAAAAGCCAGUCGUCGGCCUCCCGCCUCGGCCUGUACAUGAUGCGAGACCAGCUGACCCUUGCAGAGGUGGACCAGAUCAACAUCCAGCACGCCCAGGAGCACCUCGUGGUCAACGCCUGCGAAAUCACCAUCCGCCUCCGAGCACCGCCAGACCUGCAGGAGGAGGUGGAUGAGGCCAUUGCAAGGGAUGAUCUUGAGGCUGUGGAUAAUCUCCUGCUCCCACUCCCCAAGAGUGUGACUGCAGAGGCCUUGGAGAAGAGGAGGAGAGUAACGCUGGAGAUUUGGAACACGCUGGAGGAUGUUUCGAGGAAGUGGAGAGAGGAGGGCGAGAGUGAGGACUUUGUGGAAUUCGUAAAGGAGACAUUUGAGUACAUCCACUCCUGCAGGGAGGUUGGGGCAUCUAUCUGCAAUCUCAAGGAGAGAUACAGCCAGCAGUGCCCCUGGCCAGUCAGCUACAUCCUCUACCGCAUGGAGGAGGCCAGGUUGGUGCUGCGGGUGGGCGUGGCGCUGGUCAGGUGGGUCACGAUGGCCUACACGAAGCCCUGGCUCAUCCACACCAAUAAAAUCACGAGAGGGAAUCGCCAGAGCGUGAAACUGCAGGGCGUGUACAAGAUGAACCUGGACAACCCGGGGAAGGAGGCGGAGUCGGGGAGCAGGGGCGUCGACGGAGGAGGAGGAGGAGGAGGAGGAGGAGGAGGAGGAGGAGGAGGAGGGAGAGAGGGCCAAGUGGAGGUCGAGGAGCAGGGGGGAGAAGUUGUGGAGGUGCAGAACGAAACCGACGUGGCAAUGGAAGGCAUAACAACGGAAGACGCGGCAGCACAAGGCGUGACACCGGAUGACAUUGCAACGGAAAGUGUGACAACGGAAGACGCGGUAACUGAAAGUGUUAUUCCGAAAGCCAUGGCAACGGUAGACGAGGCAGCAGGAGUGACUCCGGAAGGCGUGACAACAGCAGACGCAGUAACAGAAAGCGUAACACCGGAAGGCAUAACAACGGAAGCUGUGGCAGCGGAAAACGCGGCAACAGAAGGCGUUACAGCGGAAGACUUAACAACAGAAGGCAUGACAGUAGAAGACAUAACGGAAGGCAUGCCAGCAGAAGACAUAGCGAAAGGCGUGACAAUAGAUGACAUAACAGAAGGCAUGCCAGCAGAAGACAUGACAGCAGAAGACAUGACAACAGAAGGCAUGACAACAGGAGACAUAACGGAAAGCAUGACAACAGAAGGGGACCUAGAGACGACCGUAGACGAAACCACGCAUCAGGAUCAGGAUGUGACGUCAUCAUAUCUGACGGGAGACUUUGCAGAAUCUUCCGGCGAUCUGCAAGAUGGCACGACGAUCGACUCCUCGCCCCUCGAGCACGAAGCCGGGGAGACGUUUGAAGACGGCAACUGCAGCGCCAUCUCGGAGGCGCCUUCGACAUCGACGGCAGCGACAGAGACUACAACUACUACAGCAGCAACAGAAGGAAUUACAGCAGCAACAGAUGCAAUUGGAGCAACAGCAGGGGGGAAUACAGCAACGGAAACAAGUGCUAGUGUCAACGGAGACGAGGCGACGAAGAGUGAACCAAAGGCUUCGAGGCGGUCGCAGAGGAUUUCGGUCAAGAGCGAGGCCGGAAGCCACGAGGCCGCGGGCGAGUCGAGCGGGCCGUCGGUGCGCCACAUCCACUCGUGCCUGGCCAUGAGGAAGCGCAAGUACCGGAAGGACGAGGAGGCGUCCAAGGAGAUGGAGCGGACGAUCAAGCAGCAUCACGAUACGUCGGACUACGAGCAGAUCAGCGUGGCCGUGCGGCCGUGGGUCCGGCUGAACGGCACGCUGAACCGGCGGGUCCUGGACCGCCUGCUGGGGGCCGUGCUCAACCUGGUGAUGGAGCGGCCGGGCAUCAGCGCCAGGGACAUCGUGUGCCGCUUCUCGCCCGCCCUGCAGCCCGCCCACACCCACGACCUGCUCGACACGCUGGUCCAGAUCCGCUGCGUCGUGCCCAUGCAGCUGCACCGCUCGCACAGGCCCUCGCUCUUCGCGGACACCGUCCAGUACACGCUCGAACCGGCAGAUCUUCACGAUUGCGAGGACGAAAUCCUGUACGAGCCGAUGGUCGACGCCAUCUUGAAACUGGCCAUGUUCAUCGGCGACAAGAAAUAUUCUCAGGAUUUCCUUUCUGGGGAUCGUAGAUGAUUUUUCUUUCUGCUUAAUGUUGUUAGGUUAUUGUAUUUAUUUGGGGGGGGGAAUUUUGUUCUCGAAAACUUCCAUUUUCUUAUUUGUAUUAUGUAGUUCUAUUGUAAUUUUAUUAUGCAUAGUUAAAAUAGGUAUAAACGUUGUAAUUUGUAAUCUUUCUGACGAGAGGAUUUUUACUUUUCUUCUUCAAGAUGUUUAAUGGGGAUUUUACAUUAAUUUGUGUAUAUAUUUUCAUAGAAUCUUCUCUAUUAUGAGGAAUAUUAUUUUUGUUGUAUGUGCGUGUGUAUAUAAUUGUAUAUAUCUUUCUUCCUGGCAGAUUAUUUGUCUCUUAGUGGACUCCUAGUGGAAGUUUGUGUAAUUAUAGAGGUGAAUAUUUUUGAUUAAUUCUCUAUGGCAAGCCUGUAAAAAGACAUGGAUUUUUUAAAAGAAUAAAAUUGUAAACCUU